AUGGAACGACUAAUGGAAACACUGAAUUAUCCUGUAGUGGUAUAUUUGCAUGGGAAUUCAUCACAAGAAAGUCGUUGUGGGUUGUACAACGUAUUGGCUAACUUGAAUUUUCAUGUGUUAGCUUUGGAUUAUCGAGGGUAUGGUGAUUCAAAUGGUUCACCCACUGAAAGCGGUAUAAUUGAGGAUGCCGUGGAAAUUUUCAACUAUGCGAGAAGUCGUUCCGGCGGAAAUCUUGUAUUUUUAUGGGGCCACUCGCUUGGAACCGCGGUUGCUACGGCAGCUGCAAUGCAUUUGAGUGAAUCUGGUUCGCCACCUGUCGGUCUAAUUCUGGAGUCGCCAUUCAAUAAUCUUCUGGACGUUGUUACUUACCAUCCGUUUGCUGCACCGUUUCGUUGGUUGCCGUGGUUCAAUCGUACUGUGCUCCAGCCACUUCACCGAUCCGGUUUGGAUAUGAGCUCCGAUCGCCGUAUUAAGAAGUGCGUUUGCCUUCGCCUUUCCAGAAAUUGUGUGUUUUCAAAAUACUGUAAUGACUUUUCAAAAUUUGAUAAAAAGUUUGGGGUUUGAAA